AGGGAGAAGAUUCAUGUGCGAAGGGCAAAGGCAAGAAAGACCCCUCGAAUCCCGUUUCCUUAUAGCAAAAUAGGUCAGGCGUCUUUCUUGAUGACUGCACCUCUGGCGGAGUAGUGAGCAUUUCGUCGAGCACUUGUACUGCGAGAUUUUUGGCCUAUUAAUGGCGCCUUGGUCUUAGAUCGAAGGGAAAUCCCAUUGUUCUCUUUCUUACUCUUGUCUCUUCAGUCUUCACAAUGUUUGGCGCUCAGAGUUCUUCGCUCUUCGGCACUCCUUCAACACCCGCAUUCGGUACCCCUUCUUCAACUCCAGCGUUCGGUGCCCCAUCUUCUGCGCCAGCGUUCGGCACUCCAUCUUCGACACCGGCAUUCGGCACGGCGUCUUCGACGCCGGCUUUUGGCGCGCCGGCUUUUGGAACUCCGUCAUCUACGCCGGCUUUUGGAACUCCGUCUACGCCGGCUUUUGCUGCUGGAUUCGGCACUUCACUCUUCUCGACGCCGUUUUCUUCUCAGCAACAGCAACAGCAACAGCAGACCCCGCUGUUUCAGCAACCCUCUUCUACUGGUUUUGGAUUUCAGUCUUCUUUUGCUGCGCCACAGCCCGCGCCGUUUCAAAAUGCACAAUUGACUACUCAGAUGGCUAAUGUAGCUCCCGUUCCUUUUUCUCUUGCCGAUCGCGAUAUUCAAGCAAUUGUUGAUGCUUAUAAGGAGCCGGGAAAUUCUAAGUACGCCUUUAAGCAUUUAUUAUUCAGUGUAACCGAACCGCAGUAUAGGGUGAAGCCUGCUGGUGUAUCAGACAUCAUGUGGGCAGAGGCAAUGGGGAAGCUCGAAGGUAUGGAAAGUGCUGACCGAGAACGUCUGUGGCCUCAACUUGUUCAAGGUUUCAAGGAUCUUUCACAACGACUCAAGAUCCAAGAUGAAGUCAUUGUUUCAGAUGCAGAGAGAUUACGAAUAACCCAAAGCAAUGUUAAAAUGCUCCAAAGACAUUUUCAAGCUGAUACCCUUCCUUGGAUUCAAAGACUGCAGCAAAAAGAACAAAUUCUCCAACGGCGUCUUUUAAGAGUAAUGAGAAUAGUGGAAGCAUUGGAAGGAAAAGGCUGUCGUAUACCCUUAACAAAAGGGGAAGCUGAACUUGCAGAGAAAUUAGCGACAAUAACUAGACAGCUGAAAGGAUCUGGAGCAGAACUAUCUAGAAGGGUACAGAACCUGCUAACUGUAUCCCGUGUUCAGGCAAAUGGUGGUGGACAUGGUGGCCCGUUAUAUCUUCCAGGGUCAACCAAAAUUCAUGAACAGAGUCUUUCUGAUUUGCAGGAGGUCUUGCAACAGCAGACAGAGGCAAUAGCAAAACUUGGAAAUGUACUGAAGCGAGAUAUAAGGGACAUGGAGAUUAUGAUGGCCGAGGACACAGGAACAACUGAUAAUGGGAAGUCUACUUAACAACUGAUAAAGCUUCAAGUUUUCUUGAAUUUGUAUUGUAUUUCUUGAAUUACUCGGCAAUUAUGACAGCUGAUAUAGGGAGCUUGAGAAUGAUACAAUAGGAGUUGGCUUGACUUGACAUGCAAAAAUUCGGUUGGGCUUCCGUUGCUAUUGACCGAAAGCUUGAAGGUAGAAAGUUGUACCAUUAGCUUUGCGUUGAAAGAUUGCUGAUUAGUCACCAUGUUACGAGCUUUUCCCCCUGACUAGAACUGAGUCAUGAUAAUCCCUGCUACAGCUUAUUGUAAUCCCUCACAAAACUUGUCAGAGUUUUGGGCUUAUUGAAAUUAUUCUUUUUGGCACUCUAAUUACAUAUAUUUUUGGAUUGAGGAAUAUUUUUGCCCUUUGAAUUUUUGGCGUGGGGUUUGUAGGUAUCGCUUAAACUUUGAAAAUUCAACACUGUUGUCUUACCA